GUUUUAUUCGCAUUCGGCAUUCGUUCAUCAUUCGCCGACAGCUUCGCGACGUUGUAAUUUCCCGCGGCGCGUUCAAUACUCAGUUUUGUUUGUUGGGGAAAAUCUUAAGGGUGUUUGGUCGUUAUUGUCGUGUGUUUCUUGGCAUAAACCAUAAAGUAUUAUAAUACAUUAGUGAUAAGUGUCAAACAAAAGCAAAAAUAGUCAAUAAAUUCAAACAGUUAACACAACAAAAGCAAUUUAGGAAACACAAACGCGAAAUGUUCUCAAGACCCAGUUUGUGUGGCAAUAUCGGUAAAUUGUACCGCAGUGGAACUGCAGCAGUAACGACAACAACAACACCAACAACAGCAGCAGCAACAUCGGCGCUGGCGCUCUGCGAUGUUCGUGGAUAUCAUGAGGUUGUCGGCGACAUCAUCUGUCCCUCGCAAGUUCGCGGCAUCGAUCACAUUCGUGAUCCUCGCUUGAAUAAGGGCUUGGCCUUUACCCUCGAGGAGCGUCAGGUGUUGGGUAUACACGGUUUGCAGCCCGCACGCUUCAAAACACAGGAGGAACAGUUGCAGCUGUGCAAGAUCGCUGUUGAUCGUUAUACGGAACCACUCAACAAGUAUCUGUAUCUGAGUGAUUUGCACGAUCGCAAUGAGCGUCUGUUUUUCCGCUUUCUCUCCGAGAACAUUGAGGAUCUGAUGCCCAUUGUUUACACGCCUACAGUUGGUUUGGCCUGUCAGCGUUUUGGAUUAAUCUACAGGCGUCCUCAUGGUCUCUUUGUCACCUUUAAUGAUCGUGGCCACAUCUUUGAUGUCAUGAAGAACUGGCCAGAGCCGAAUGUCCGAGCGAUCUGCGUGACGGACGGAGAGCGUAUUCUGGGUCUCGGUGAUUUGGGCGCCUGUGGCAUGGGCAUCCCAGUCGGAAAACUGGCCCUGUACACGGCAUUGGCUGGCAUUAAGCCACAUCAGUGUCUGCCCAUUGUGGUGGAUGUGGGCACCAAUAACAUUGAUCUGCUGGAGGAUCCUCUCUACGUUGGUCUGCGACAGAAGCGUGUUGUGGGUCGCGAAUAUGACGAUUUCAUUGAUGAAUUCAUGGAGGCUGUGGUGAAGCGUUAUGGCCAGAAUACACUCAUCCAAUUCGAGGACUUUGGCAAUCACAAUGCAUUUAGAUUUUUGGAUAAAUACCGCAACGAAUACUGCACCUUCAACGAUGAUAUUCAGGGCACAGCUGCCGUUGCAGUCGCAGGAUUAUAUGCCUCAAAACGCAUCACUGGAAAGUCCUUCAAGGAUUACACUUUCCUCUUUGCCGGAGCAGGUGAAGCGGCCAUUGGCAUUGCCGAUCUCGUGGUCAAGGGCAUGGUUGCCGAAGGUGUUCCCAUCGAUGAGGCUUAUAGCAGAAUAUUCAUGGUGGACAUCGAUGGUCUCUUGACCAAAUCACGUAAGGUGGGCAGCUUGGAAGGCCACAAGGUCAACUAUGCCAAGGACAUUGAGCCCAUGCAGGAUCUGGAGCAGAUUGUGGCGACUGUUAAGCCAAGUGUUCUCAUUGGCGCUUCGGCCUGUGCGGGUCUCUUUACGCCCAAGAUUCUGCGUACCAUGGCGGACAAUAAUGAGAGGCCCAUCGUCUUUGCUCUCUCGAAUCCAACCAGCAAGGCGGAAUGCACUGCCGAGGAGGCUUAUCAUAAUACAGAUGCACGCGUCAUCUUCUCAUCUGGCUCGCCCUUCCCACCGGUUACCGUGGGCGACAAGACAUACUAUCCGGGUCAGGGCAAUAAUGCCUAUAUUUUCCCUGGCGUCGGUCUGGGCGUUAUCUGCACGGGCACACAUCACAUACCCGAUGAUAUGUUCCUGAUUGCCGCCCAGGAGUUGGCCAACUUUGUGGAACCCACUGAUAUUGAGCGUGGCUCCCUGUAUCCUCCCCUGCAGAGCAUUCGUGAUGUCUCCAUGAAUAUUGCCAUUGGUGUGACCAAGUGUGCAUAUGACAAGGGACUGGCAUCCACCUACCCAGAGCCGCAGGAUAAGCGCAAGUGGCUGGAGGAUCAGUUGUACAACUUUAACUAUGAGUGCUCGAUGCCUGUGACUUGGACCUGGCCCCGCAUGCCCUUCAUUAAGACUCGUGAUUCAGUGCCCACCAAACUCUAUGGAAAAAAAAAAGAGAACGAAGAAAUCAUUUAAAUAAUUCAACCCACACCGACCGCAUAUAAACCAUUGGCAAAUACUAUAUAGACAGCAGAUCGGAGAGAUACUGCCUGCCCAUC